UUAAAAUUUGACGGUUACUUUGACUUGACUGUUGAGGAAAGAUUCAAACACCGUUUGUUUUGAAACGGAGUUAUUAUUAAAUUUAAUUUAAUUUAAUACCUUGUGACUUCUGAUUCAUGUGACGCGAAGGAACCGUUGGAACUGUAAUUGUUUCAAUUGUGGGCAGUAGUGGUGUGGUCCAGUGACAGGCGUGUUUUUGUUCAAUGAGAUAAGUUGUGUGGUGAUUUUUUAAACAUGGUCAAAAUAGAGAGAGCCCCUGGUCUGGGCGGCGUGAAGUCUUCAGCUCUUGCACCAUCGAAGAGUGGAUCAACACAGAACAUGGCUGCAAAUAUAAAGGUUGUUGUGAGAGUUCGGCCUCUAAACCAAAGGGAACUAGACAUGAACACCCGCGUCGUGGUGGAUGUAGUUGACGAAAAGAUGUUAGUGUUCGAUCCCAAGGAAGAGAUGAGGCCGUUCUUCUACCAAGGAGUCCAGCAACCUAAUAAGAACUUUUUAAAGCGCGCAAACAAGGAGUUAAAGUUUGUAUUUGAUAAUGUAUGUGGCCAGAAUGCAACUAACAAUGAUGUGUUUGAGACUACUACUAAGGACAUUCUGUCUUCUCUGAUGGAGGGAUAUAAUUGUUCUGUGUUUGUGUAUGGAGCUACUGGUGCAGGCAAGACCUUUACUAUGAUUGGUAACACUGAGAAUCCUGGCAUUACCUAUUUGACCAUGGAACAUUUAUUUUACACAAUUAAUUCUUAUGAAAAGGAGAGAGAGUUUGAUAUUGGAGUUUCUUAUAUUGAGGUAUACAAUGAAAAUGUAUACGACUUAUUAAAACCUUCAAGCACACCACUGCAACUGCGGGAGGACUCGAAGUAUGGUGUCAUGGUGGCUGGAUUGACGCUGAACAGCAUCAAGACUGCACAGGAACUCCUCAAUAUGCUGGAGAAUGGCAACAAGAACAGGACACAACAUCCAACGGAUGCUAACGCUGAGAGCUCCAGGAGUCAUGCAGUUUUUCAAGUAUAUGUAAAAAUGCGUUACAAGACAAGUAGUCAGCUGCGCAUUGUAAAGCUGUCUAUGAUCGACCUGGCGGGAAGUGAGCGCGCGUCUGCUACCGGCUGCGUUGGCGACCGGUUCAAGGAGGGCGCCAACAUUAACAGGAGCUUGCUAUCAUUGGGCAACUGUAUCAACAAGCUGGCAGAUGGCAGCAAUUAUAUACCUUACAGAGACUCAAAACUGACAAGACUCCUGAAGGACAGUCUCGGCGGUAACUGCAAGACUGUCAUGAUCGCCAAUGUUUCCCCUGCAAGCACCAGUUACGAGGACACUUACAACACACUCAAGUAUGCAGCCAGAGCCAACAAGAUCCAGCUCAGUAUAAAGAAGAAUAUUGUGGAAGGAGAUGUCAGGUUGUCACAGUAUGUGAAGAUUAACCAAGAAUUGAUGAAGAAAGUCAAGGAAUUGGAGGCGAAAUUGUCGCUAUCUAGUCUUAAGGUCGUGUCUCGGGAGCCGGACAUGGCUAAGGAGAAAGCAAAACAAGAAUGGCGUAAGCGCAUCUCUGCAGAGGAGGAAGUGUACAGUGUCCUGGAGUCCAAGCUGCUGAGCCUGAUGUCCCGGCAGCGCGUGCUGGCGCUGCGCCAGCGGCUGCGGACGCGCGCCUUCACACAUGUCGCAGACCUCGCGCACAGGUCCUCGACUGAAGCUAUGGAGCAGAUGUGUAACGAAGAAAUUCCACGUCAAGAACGCGCAGCGGAAAAUUACAUGAAACAAUCCGUAAACUUAGACUCUAAAGUACUAACUGCUUGGACGAAAUGGGAUGAAUGCAAGAAGAAACUCCACGUUAUAUGUCAACAAGCACUUUCAGACUGCCCAGAACUCAAUGAUUUCGUUGAUAAAGUGCACUUGAACAGUGAAUUACGACAGAUCAGAGCUAGAGAUAAUUUAAGGCAGAAAUUAUUAUCUAUAGAGAAUGAUGAGAUCGAAGCCUUCACGGAAUACAUGAGCGACAUGCCCAGUAUGUUGAAGAAAUUGUAUCUGACGCUGAAAGGCUAUGACAAAGCCCCGCCAGCAUUGACAGCGGAAUAUUUAGAAAUAAUGAAGAAAGCUAAGUCAGCUAAGGGCAUCACGUGGUCAGACGAUGGGAACGAGGGCGAUGCUCACUUCAAGUUCGUUUCGACAUUAGAUAUCAAGAAACCAUCAACCACACUAGAAUAUGGUUUCUCUAAAAAGGAUGACGUUAACGCAACCGUCGAUAUCAUUACCGAUAGUGAUGAUCUUACUGACUUAGAGAAUAAAGAGCCCAUCAAGUUAUCAGCCAAGAAGCGCAAAGGAACACCUAUUAAACUGCUUAAUAACGAAACUAUAAUUAUAAACGAUUCCUUCGAGAGUAUGGAUACGACGAGAAACUUGAAUUCUGCCAAGAAGAUCAAGAGGGAAUAUGACUUCGCCGCGGACGUUGAAAACUAUGGUGUUAUUGAUCCUAAAGAUCUGAAUUCGACAUUUGUGAUGACUGGAAAGGUGGAAUCUAUGAAGAAACCAUUUAAAACUGAAUUCAAGAUGGAAUUAAAUCCAGUGAAGAAGGGACUGACGGAUAGAACAAAUACUAUGCCAAGGACUAUCAAUUUUGGUGACAAAGCUAAAGUAGUGAAGCCAGUGAUCGGUAAGGCGUUACCGUUCAGACGUCCACCGCCCCAACAGAACCCGCCACAGAGAAACUUUGGUUUCGGCUCCAGUGUACCGCGAGACGCGCAAGCGCAGAGGAAUGUGCAAGACUCGAUGGCUCGGGGCAAGACGAAUGUAACUCAAAAAUCAGUCGGUUGUAAAGCAGUGCGGGCCAGGGACAGGUUCCAGUCACAUCCUUACUCCAGGCCGCCGCCCAUCUCCAGGAAAUAACGACGAAGACAAGACGACUGUACAAAUAGGCUACGUAAUAGAGGUUUGUAUGACCUAAUUAUGAAUGUUAAUCUUAAUAUUAAGUUGAUUUAAGAUUGUAGACUGAUUGCAAUAACAAUAAUCUGUCACAUAUUUACUGAACUUAAACCAAUUUAAGUUCUUUCCACAAAUACUUUAAUUAAAACAUAAAAUGUUAAUGUUAGUACAAAUAGAGAAUGCUCGUCUAGAAUAUUCGAGACUAAGUCACAAAUUAACUAGGUAACUAAUUAACUUGUCAUAAAAAUGCCUCUAAGCUUCAAAAUUUCAAAUAUACAUUUUGUUCAGUCAAUACCUAUAGAAAUAAUUACACAAGUCGAAGUUUGUUGUUUAAUGUUUACUAUAGUUUAUACAUAAAACAGUUUCACAGACUGCUAGACUGGUAGAUAUCAGAAAUUCAAAUAGUAUUAGUGAAAAUAAUACGAUUCUGAUUUUCAAUAUGUACUCAGACUAGAUCGUGUCUACAUUCGCGAAGUUUGGACUAAAAUUUAAUCUAAAUCGAAACUUCGGUAUUGGUACGUCAGAAUUAUUGAGUGUGUCGCUUUGAUUGGUCGCUCGUGUUAAACGCUAUUUUGUCCACUUGGGAUUGCUAACACUUUGUGGGAAAAUUGACCAGAUAUUUCAACACUAACUAGAAAUUCGUUUAUAACGAUGACUUUGUUUGUCAUACUCCAGUAAAUGUACCUGAUACUCACCAUAAAUCAUAUUAUUCAAAUGUUACAAUUUAAAUUAAAAUAACAUACGAUAUUUAUAUGGGCUUCCAUGUGUAUGCUAAUUUUAUACAUAAAAUAUAGCGAUACACGUUGCACGCGUUGCUUCCAAAUAAAUAAACAUGUGUUGUUUUAUCUACACAUUUAGAUUUUCACUCGUAAAGAAUUUUCUUUUAGCAAAAUUGAAUAAAAUGUUUCGAAUAAAAAACGAUUGAUUUGGUUACGGCCGAUCGUAUAAAAUAAAUUAUUUAUUUAGUAUAUCUAUGCGACUUAACUUCGACUUAGGCUUCGGAAAAGAAUUACUUUUGUACCGAAGUAUUCUUUUGUUUUCUCAACGUCGACAUCAUAUUUCUUAUCUCAUUUGUAGAACCUAUAUAGUUUUAACAUAGUUUUAAAAUGCUGCUUUAAAUAAUUUGUAUUUUGUAUUAAAAAUAAUUAUGUUUUUGUAAAUGUAUUGAUGUUUCAUUCAACAUUGUAUUUAUUUUGUUUUAAUGGUAUAGAUUUUUACUUUUAUAAUAGCUUAUUGUAGUCUGGCAUUGUGUAGAUCUGUAGUAAUUUAACCAUUAUGAAAUGUUAAAAUAAGUUAUCGAUAUUUCCUAUCGAUUAAGCUGAGACUUAAUUGAUAUGAUAUAUGAAAGAUUUUGUGAAAUAAUAUAGUAUUUUGUCACUAUCUUUUUGUCUUAGAGUUUCCAGAAAUUCAAAAAUUUUUUUUUUAUGGUUAUGGACUUUUAUAGGCAUUGGAAAUAUUUUAAAAUGACGUCACUACAGAAAACGAUUCUUGCCCAUACUGAUUUUGAUUUAAUUUUCAUACACAUUUGUGCUAACUAGGAAUAAUUUUGAUACUUUACCGAAUUGUUUUUCUACAUUUACUAUAUCUUUGUAAAUUACGAAUUUUCUUACUAGAAUGUCUGGUAUAUAGUGUGUAGACACCUAUAGUAAUGAUAUAAUUGUAACUAAUGCUUAGAUUUUUAAUAUAUCGUGUACAAUUAUUACUAAUGACUGAAUUAUUUUUAGGCUUAUUGUUUUUAUGAUUUAAUAUUGAAUAUGUGGAGGUUUAAUUAAACAAUUUGAAUUGAUUUAUGUUUUCUUUUGAAAGUAGAAUUGAUUGUUCUCUGUGUACCUAUAGACUAG